AUGGGUAAUCUAUCUUUUUUAACGGCUCAAUUAAAAUUCCAUUUGUCAUUUUUUUUUUCUUUAAUUUGUCAUCACUCUUUUAUUUGCGUUCUUUUUCAUUUCUCUCCUUUUCCCUUUCAAAUCUUUUCGCUGUCUCUCUCCUUUUCUUCGUCUUUGGUAACCUCCUUACUCUUCUUUCUUUUCUUCCAUUCUAUCGUUGUCGUUUAUUUUGUGUUAUUUCACGUUAUCUUUUUUUUUUAUUGUAUCUCUAUUCUUCGUCACUUUCAUUUUACCUUCGAUACCCACGGCUCUUUUUUUCCUUUUGUUAACUCUUUUUCUAUUUCAUUCAUUCUUUCUUUUUUUAUCAUCUAUUUUUUUAAACAUUUUUUCUUUCUUCCCACGUUUAUUUUUCAAGUUUGUUUUUUCACUUUCUUUCUUUCUCCCUUACUUCCUACCAAUUUUUCUUCAGGUAAUUCACACCAGUGUUAUCCUAUUUUACGAUCUCCAUCUUUUCCUCUUUCUGCAUCCCCACUUUUUUCCUUCGUUUUUCCUUCAGCAUACCAUCUCUUCUUUAGCACUCUCACGUCUUUCUCUCUUUAUCGUCAGUGUUAUCCAUCUCUCUAUUUGUUUUUUAUUCUACCUAUUGCGAUUUUCUUUUCUUGCUUACUUUCUUGGUUUUUCUUUCCUUUUCACUAUUUCAUGCUUUCUUUCCUAUUUUCCUUUUUUCUUUCAUUCUCGUUUUUUUCUUUUAUUUUUCUUUGUUUCUUUUUUCUUUCUUUCGUUAUUUUCUUUCUUUCUUUCUUUCUUUCUUUCUUUCUUUCUUUCUUGUGUCCUUUCCCAUUUUUUCCGCUUCUUUUCUUUCUUCUCAUUUUUCCUUUCGUUCUUGCUACUUUUCUUUCUUUCUUUCUUUCUUUCUUUCUUUCUUUCUUUCUUUCUUUCUUUCUUUCUUUCUUUUUUGUGUCCUUUCCCAUUUUUUCCGCUUCCUUUCUUUCUUCCAUUCUCAUUUUUCCUUUCGUUCUUGCUACUUUUCUUUCUUUCUUUCAUUAUUUUUUCUGUUUUCAUCUUUUUCAAUUCGUAAUUCUUCCCUUUUUAUUCAUUUUCCCUUUUCCUCUUCUUUUCACAUGA